AUGGCGGCGCGAUUCGGAGGUGGCUUGCUAUUCGUAGCAGUCAUGUGCGUGGCAGCGGCGUGCGUUCCGACAAGCUGCGCGCAGCCUCCUCCGCCGACGAAGGCGCAGCUGCGAUACGCGCAGGACGCCACCAAAUACAUCAACCUCGCACGUAAGGCCUUGGAGCAGCGACUACUGAAUUACAAGUACGACCUGUCGGCGCUGCGAGACGCGUCCAUCCUCAUCCCCAACAACGUGCAGGCAGACGCCCUCGCUAAGAGAAGCCCCGCUAAGAGCAGCAGCGUCCCCACACUGUACAACAUAACGGCGUUCCACAUCCUGCGCCGCCGAAUGACCCUCCCGCAGAUGAGGCAGGUGAAGCUGCGGACGGCAAUAGGCACUCAGCUCAGGCAGCCGCUGUUCAAGAUGACGCCGAUGGGAAACAACAGCGCUGUGUCGUUUGCUAAAGGGCCGUACUUGAAGGCAGACCAGUGGACCACCAUUCGCAUCCCGGGGCUGUAUGUGGGGCGAUGGUUCAUUGCCCAUGGGGUGGAUCGGGUGAUCAUCCCGACUCACACCAAGAUAUGA